AUGACUGAAUUCCAAGAGGAGCUGAAGUUCACGGAUGCGAAAUCUACGUUCCUCAUCGAAUUAUACAGGCAAAUGAAGGGGCCAGGGGCCCCUACGCUCAAAUUUCCCAGGAGCGAGAGCAAGACCUAUUUAAAUCUGCCCAGAACCUUCGAGAGCGAGCUGAUCGGGGACGGAUAUUCUUACGUCGGAGUGUUGUAUCACGUGCGUAAUAUAAAUGAGCUCAUGCCCGGAAGGCAGAACGUGUUAGGAGAAAAGAAGACGGUCAAUUCGAAACUUUUGAGCUUCGCGAUUAAAGCGAGUGAGACGUUCCACCUGACGGAUCCUGUCACUCUUGUGAUGGAGAAUCUGGAUCCACCCCAGGACCCUCCGUAUAAGGAAAUUUGGCGAGAUCUUCAUGAAGGGGAACAACCGACGAUCGUUCCCCAGAGUCACCGUUGUAGUUUCUGGAACUUCUCUGAACUGGGUCGCUGGGACAUGGAAGACUGUCGAGAGGUGUCAUCUGACAGGCAUCAGACAGUGUGUGAAUGCAGCCAUCUGACCAAUUUUGGAGUCCUCAUGGAUCUACAUGGAUACGUCGAAAACCGAACGGGAACUUUCACAAAGCUUCUAACGAAUGUAACAAAUUACUCUUUGCGUUUGUCGGACACGCUCAUGACUGAAUUCCAAGAGGAGCUGAAGUUCACGGAUGCGAAAUCUACGUUCCUCAUCGAAUUAUACUGGCAAAAAAAGGGGCCAGGGGCCCCUACGCUCAAAUUUCCCAGGAGCGAGAGCAAGACCUAUUUAAAUUUGCCCAGAACCUUCGAGAGCGAGCUGGUCGGAGACGGAUAUUCUUACAUCGGACUGUUAUUUCACGUGCGUAAUAUAAAGGAGCUCAUGCCCGGAAGGCAGAACGUGUUAGGAGAAGAGAAGACGGUCAAUUCGAAACUUUUGAGCCUCGCGAUUAAAGCGAGUGAGACGUUCCACUUGACGGAUCCUGUCACUCUCGUGAUGGAGAAUCUGGAUCCACCCCAAGACCCUCCGUAUAAAGAAAUUUGGCGAGAUCUUCAUGAAGGGGAACACCCGACGAUCGUUCCCCAAAGUCACCGUUGUAGUUUCUGGAACUUCUCUGAACUGGGUCGCUGGGACAUGGCAGACUGUCGGGAGGUGUCAUCUGAAAGGCAUCUGACAGUGUGUGAAUGCAGCCAUCUGACCAAUUUUGGAGUCCUCAUGGACCUACAUGGAUACGUCGUUGGCUGUGCAAUCUCAGGGGUGUUCCUUCACUUCGUAUUCCUCAGUGCCUUCAUGUGGAUUGCCUUGGAGGGCCUCUUCAUCUAUCGCCAACUUGUUCUGGUAUUGCCAACCGGCUCCAACAUAUCCACUCGAGCGUACUUCAUCAUCGGCUACGCUGUUCCCUCUGUGAUCGUCGGCAUCACCGCUGCUGUGUCCUUCGGCACUAAUACAUAUGGAUACGGUGCAGGAGAAUAG